AUGUCCCUGCUGCCGAGUCAGAUCUACAAUUUCUUCAAUUCUACCUAUAACUAUCUUUCGCCUCCUCCGUCCCCACAACGCCAGUUAUCUAUUUCCAGGGAGCCCUCAGCCUCAGCCGCCUCAUCCUUGAAGGCACGGUUGGAUGCAGCUUGUCAGUCCCCCACCAGCACCCUUGCCCACCUCUCUCCUACCUCUAUGCGCCGUGAACUCGAUGUCACCAAGCAUGAUCUCGCCAAGGCACAUGCAGACACAAUUAGGCUCGAGGAGCGCUGCAAGAUGCUCGAACGCACUCUGAAGGAAACGAGAGAGCUGCUCCGAUCCAGGGAGGCAGAGCUUGAGAAGGUGCGCAGGGAGCGCGAUAGGGAGAGGGCCAUGGGGGAGCGCAGGCGCAGUGAUGUCGGUCCUCAGUACAGUGCCCACCACGCCCAGGCAAGCAAUUCUAAUCUCUCGCUUGCAUAUCCGCGGAACAGCAGCUCUCUGGACACGCGGAUGUCGUCUGCUGAGCUUGCCCGGCAUAUGCACGGCAACCGCAUGCAUCUCCACCAGGAGGAGAUUCGGCGCACCCCAUCGCCGUCGCGCACGUCCUCAGCCUCCGCAUCGACCUCCACUUCUACUUCCAUUAGUUUAAGUAGUGCAAGCACUGGUAUCAGUAAUGGCAAAAACGGGAAAAUCAAUGGCGUCAGUGGCAAUGCCGAGGAGGAACGUGCCCGACUAAGGAGUGCUGAGACUUAUAUGUCCCGUAUCGAUAAUUGGGACGGUGCCCAGGUCCUUCAAGCUGUGCUUGACAUCAACUCUGAAAUUUUGCAAUUUGCUGCAUCGGCCACAGAGACAUGCAAAUUCUUAUCUUCACCUUCGCCACAGACUCCUAAAUUAGCACAAGCUAUCCAGGAUACCAGCGCUCGGAUUGGACCCAACAUCACCAGCAUCAUAUCAAGUAGAGAGCAUUCACAAGAUCCGUUGCUCGUCCAGCUUGCUCUUCAAGGUUGUCUGUCUCUUUGCAUAGCCAGGGCUCUCAACUCGUUUUGCAUUGGCUUUCCUUCAAAAUCGGAUGCCGUCUUAUCUCAAAUCUAUACCCACAUGCAUUUAACGGAACCACAACCAACAUCUGCUAAAUGGCGAGCGCUAACGCACCAACAUAUUCAUUCAAUAUACCCUACACUCACCGAUUACAGCGUCAACGAACUAAGUGAUACCAUUUUGCGCUGGUGUGCAGAUAUUUUUUUCAUCGCUAAUGGUCACUCUUUUUCGCCGUCUUCACCAACGAUACAAAGUCCUUCAUCAUCUCCACCAAUAUCUAUAUCUCCACCUGUGUCAAUCGUUUCUCAAACUACAUCUGCGCAUCUCCGUGUGUUAUACCUCGACCAAAUUCGACGGAUAUCUCGUGCAGUUUUACGUCUCGCCAGCAUCACUCGGGAGGAGAUCAUGUCAACCUCUUUUGAAGUGACCAUCGCCGAUCCUUCGGGCACCUUUGACGACAGAGAAAUGGUCGAUGCUUUCGGUGAAUACGGCGAGAGUCAUGGUCUUAUUUUGGUCACAAUGGAACUUGGAUUAAAAUGUGUGACGCGAGUUGCUCCUGGACUCGAACUACCGGACUUAUGUGACAACACAGAGGGUCAUGGUGGCAAUAAUGGAAUGCUAUUGAACGGAAAAGAUGGUUCAAUGCUAGAAUCGAGGGUGUUGUUGCAGCCCAAGGUCGUUUUGGAGUCUGUUCUGGAGGUUAUUGAUCGUUGA